GGCCCGGGGUGGCGGCGGCGGCCCCGCGGCGCAGGGCCCGGCCCGGCGCGGCCCGGUGCCCGUCGCUGCGUCGGAGGGCUCUGAAGAUGUCCAACAGCAACACGGCGCAAGAGUCCCUGGAAAUUAUGAAGGAAUCAGAAAAAAAGGUGGUUGAGGAAUCUGUGAACAAAACCAAAUAUGUAUCCAGGUCACCAAGCAAGGAGGAGGCGGAGAAGGAUGGCGGGGAGGAGGUCAGCGUGCGCCAGGAGUCUCAGAAGCGAACAUCCAGUCACGGACACGCCAGGAAAAGAGCCAAGUCUAACUCAAAGCUUAAACUGGUCAGGAGUUUGGCUGUGUGUGAGGAAUCCUCAGGCCCCUUCGUGGAUGGGCUGCUGGAGUCUCAGGACAUCAUCCAGCUGCACGUGAGCUGCCCCUCUGACAAGGAAGAGGAGAAAUCCACGAAAGAUGGGGUGGAGAAAGAAGAAAAAGACAAGAACAAAGAAAAAACACCAAGGAAGAUGCUCUCUCGAGAUUCCAGCCAGGAAUACACAGACUCCACUGGAAUAGAUCUGCAUGAAUUUUUAGUAAAUACACUGAAAAAAAACCCACGGGAUAGAAUGAUGCUGCUCAAGCUGGAACAGGAGAUUCUGGAGUUCAUUAGUGAUAACAACAAUCAGUUCAAGAAGUUCCCCCAGAUGACCUCGUACCACCGCAUGCUGCUGCACCGGGUGGCGGCGUACUUUGGGAUGGAUCACAACGUGGACCAGACCGGCAAGGCCGUCAUCAUCAACAAGACCAGUAACACACGGAUCCCCGAGCAGAGGUUCUCCGAGCACAUCAAGGAUGAGAAGAACGCAGAGUUCCCUCAGAGGUUUAUCCUGAAAAGGGAUGACACCAGCAUGGAUCGGGAUGACAACCAGAUCAGACUCCCCUUGCAGGAUGGGAGAAGGAGCAAAUCCAUAGAAGAGCGAGAGGAGGAAUAUCAGCGGGUCAGGGAGCGGAUAUUUGCACGAGAGUCCGGCCAGAACGGAUACCUCACAGACAGCAGGGCCAACCGGGAGGGGCUGGGCCGGGCCUCGGGCAGCCGCCAGAGCAGCACCGAGAGCGAGAUCAAAUCCCUGGAGCCACGGCCCUGGAGCAGCACGGACUCGGACGGCUCCAUCCGCAGCCUGAGGCCACCUGUCACCAAGGCCAGCAGCUUCAGUGGCAUCUCCAUCCUCACGCGGGGCGACAGCAUCGGGAGCAGCAAGGGCAGCACUGCCAGCAGGAGCUCACGGGCAGGGUUGGUGCUGGGUGCCCCUGAAACCUUAAUAUAA